UUGCUACGCUAGUGCUGUUGACAGCCUAUCCCAGACAGCUGGGUGAAGUGCCUUCACAACACAAACAGGCAUACAAGAAGAAGGGACCACUUGUCUACCAAGAGAGAAGAGACAGGCGAUGCAGACCUACCUGGAGCUAAGCAACAAGGCAAAAAUGCCCAUUUUGGGACUAGGAACAUGGCAGUCCCCUUUAGGGAAAGUCAAAGAUGCAGUCCAGCUCGCAAUUGACAUUGGGUACCGUCAUUUUGACUGUGCCCAUGUCUACCAGAAUGAAGAGGAGAUUGGUGAUGCAAUCCAGGAGAAGAUACAGGAUCAGACAGUGUCACGAGAGGAUCUUUUUGUUGUCAGUAAGCUUUGGAGCACAUUUCAUGAGAAAUCCAUGGUGAGAGGAGCAUGUCAAAGAACUCUUGAAUCUCUGAAGCUAGAUUAUCUAGAUCUCUACCUCAUGCACUGGCCCAUGGGAUUCAAGUGUUGGAGCACUGAUCACCUCUUGAGUGGUCGUAACUGA